AUGGCUAACGAAUUUACCUUAUGUACAUGGAACUUAAGAACACUGUACAGACCAGCGGGCCUUCAACUUUUAUGUCAACAACUUGCAAAUCACAGAGCUGAUAUAACAGCGGUUCAGGAACUUAGAUGGUUGGGACAUGGCGUUAUUGAUAAACCAGAUUUCGCCAUAUACUAUAGUUGUAAUGAAAAGCAUCAUACCUUUGGAACAGGUUUCGUCGUGAGCAAACGCCUAAAACAUCUUGUAAUUGAUUUCCAACCAAUUAAUGAAUGUAUGUGUAAAAUCAGACUUAAAGGUAAAUUUCAAAAUUACACAAUCAUUAAUGUACACGCUCCGACGGAAGAUACUGACCUCGAAGAGAAGGAAAGAUGGUAUUCCGAUGUGGAAAGCGUGUAUUCCAAUUCUCCCAAAGGUGACAUCAAAAUUAUAAUUGGGGAUAUGAAUGCAAAGGUGGGAAGAGAAAGUAUAUACCGACCAACGAUAGGCUCCCACAGCCUACACAAAACAUCUAACGACAAUGGCACACGUCUCAUUGAUUUGGCAACUUCCCUAGGAAUGGUCGUCGGCAGCACACGCUUUCCACACAAGAAUAUCCAUAAAAUAACGUGGGUCUCCGCGGAUAACGUCACCCGAAACCAAAUAGACCAUAUUUUGAUAGACGGGAGACACUGCUCUAAUCUUCUGGACGUCAGAAGCCGUAGAGGAGCAAACAUCGACUCGGAUCACCAUCUUGUUGUAUGCAAAAUAAGAGCACGAAUAUCACGGUACAAGUACACCAAAACGGUAAGAACAAAAAAGAUUGAAACAACAAGGCUGAAGAGAGAGCAGGAUGUCAAAUACAAAUAUAUGGACACAGUUCACAGAGAACUUAUGAAAGUGGGCGAAAGAAAUAGCAACAGCAUUGGCGAUCCUGAUAGCACCUGGCGGAAUCUUAAAGGAGUUUUAUCUACGGCUGCUAGUGAGAUUUUGGGAUUUGAGGAAAAACCGAAGCGUAACGACUGGUUUGAUGAUGAAUGUCAGAAGAUCACUAAUGAGAAAAAUGAUGCGUACAGAUUAAUGCAACAGAAGUACACUCGCGGGCGUGGAGAAGAGUAUAAGAAGCGAAGAAGACGAGAAAAACACCUACAUAAGAGAAAGAAAAGAUCGUACGAAGAACAACAACUGCGUGAGAUUGCAUCUAGUUACACACAAAAGGAAACUAGAAACUUCUACAACCAAGUAAAUGGGGGACGGAAAGAAUUCAAACCCAGAACCACGGCGUGUAGAAGUAAGAAUGGACAGCUACUUAAUGAUAAAGAUGAGAUCGUUCAAAGAUGGGCUGAAUACUUUCGUGAACUCCUUAACAGUUCAGUGCAGACUCGUCCACUUUCUGUACCAGUACCUCAAGCUCUACUAAAGAAUCAACAGACUGAUGAAUCUUUGUACCCCACUAUAGAAGAUACUAAAAGAGCCAUUCAAUCCAUCAAAAAUAACAAAUCUCCGGGAAUGGACGAUAUCCAAGGCGAACUUAUAAAGUAUGCCGGAACUGGUUUCGAGAAAGAGUUUCACCACCUGGUGCUCCAAAUUUGGAACAAUGAAAAAAUGGCUGAUGAUUGGAAUACAUCUGUUAUCUGUCCCCUACAUAAGAAAGGCGACAUAUUGGAUUGCAAUAAUUACCGAGGCAUAUCUCUCUUGAACACCGGUUAUAAAGUUUUUGCCAAUAUGCUUUUUAAUAAACUAAAGCCAUAUGUAGAAUCCAGCUUGGGAGAGUAUCAGUGUGGGUUCCGUCCAAACAGGUCCACAGUAGACCAAAUCUUCUCGCUUAGGCAGAUACUUGAAAAAACGUUUGAGUACAACGUGAAUACUCACCACCUUUUCGUAGACUUUAAGGCUGCCUAUGACAAUGUGCACAGAAGUUUCCUGUACCAGGCUAUGAUGGAGAUUGGCAUCCCAACAAAGCUCGUGCGCCUGACGGAGAUGACUCUUAGAAACUCUCAAAGCGUUGAUAGAGUUCAAACAAAUGUAUCAGAGCCCUUCAGAACCAAUGACGGCUUAAGACAAGGGGAUGCGCUCUCGUGCCUACUGUUCAACAUCGCUCUCGACAAGUGUAUUCGCGACUCAAAGAUCGAGACCAAAGGCACUAUCUAUCACAAAUCUGUUCAAAUCCUAGGAUAUGCGGAUGACCUCGACGUGAUAGGAAGAUCUCUACCUGCAAUGGAGAGUGCAUACCUUGCUCUUGAAAAAUCAGCUGCGGAGGCUGGUCUCCAAGUUAACAUGGCUAAGACUAAGUACCUGAAAGCGUCAAAAGACCAGCAAAUUCUACUACAAGGAGUUAAUAUUGGCAACAACACCUUCGCUAGCGUCAAUGAUCACGUAUACCUGGGAUCCUUAGUAACCGAUAACAACGAUGUGUCUUCAGAAAUAAGUAGGAGAAUAAUGGCGGCUAACAAGUGCUACUUCGGACUACUAAGAUACUUACGUUCGAAACUUCUUUCAAGAAGCAUAAAACUUCUCUUGUACGAAACCUUACUAAGACCUAUACUCACCUACGGUUCCGAAUGUUGGGUGCUAAGCAAAAAAGACGAAAACUCCUUGUUGGUAUUUGAGCGGAAAAUACUAAGACGCAUUUUCGGAGCUGUGAUGGAAAAUGAGAGAUGGCGAACGCGUUAUAAUCACGAGCUAUACCAAAUGUACGAUGAGCCAAACGUAAUUAAGACCAUAAAGAUCGGACGCCUGCGUUGGGCAGGACACGUGUUGCGAAUGGACGAGGCCAGAGUACCCAAACGCCUUUUAGAAGGCUGA